GCAGAAUCCAGCUCUCAUCUCAAUAUCAACUGCAAAACUGCAAGGCUCAUCAAAAUACUAACUGAAGGCACUUCCGAAAGAAAUAUCCUCUGGCUAGGUCCAAAAAGCAACGCGCUGGAGAAAGACGCGUCUUUGUUGAAGUGGCAACGCAAUUUGAAUGCUCAAAAACCUCAGAAGUUUCCGCAAUCGUUUUCCUCCAGUACCUGAUCAAAAAUGACUGCAGACAUGGAAACUCAAAAUGAGUUCGAUGACAGCGGACUGCCAGGACCAGGAGCACCAACCCCGCUCUCGUCACUGGAGGGUAUGGCAGGCCUGACCAGUCGUGACAUCAAACUGUUUGUCGAUGCGGGUUAUCACACUGUCGAGUCGAUCGCGUAUACACCGAAACGGUUACUUGAACAAAUCAAGGGUAUCUCCGAACAGAAAGCCACUAAAAUCCUGGUUGAGGCGGCGAAAUUAGUCCCUAUGGGGUUUACAACGGCCACGGAAAUGCAUGCUCGACGAAGCGAACUUAUCUCAAUCACAACGGGCUCCAAGCAGCUGGAUACGCUUCUGGGAGGUGGAAUAGAGACAGGAUCAAUUACGGAGAUUUUCGGCGAGUUUAGGACGGGAAAGAGUCAGAUUUGCCAUACCCUUGCCGUCACAUGCCAGCUACCAUUCGAUAUGGGUGGCGGCGAAGGAAAGUGUCUUUAUAUUGAUACUGAAGGAACGUUUCGCCCGGUGCGUCUGCUAGCUGUUGCGCAGCGUUACGGUCUGGUAGGCGAGGAGGUUCUUGACAAUGUGGCUUAUGCUCGAGCAUACAACUCCGAUCACCAACUGCAACUGCUCAAUCAAGCUUCUCAGAUGAUGUGUGAGACCCGAUUCUCUCUCUUGGUCGUCGACUCAGCUACCUCCCUAUACAGAACUGACUUCAACGGCCGCGGUGAACUAUCAACUCGACAAACGCACCUGGCUAAAUUUAUGCGUACAUUGCAACGUCUAGCCGAUGAGUUCGGCAUUGCAGUCGUUAUAACGAAUCAAGUUGUUGCCCAGGUUGACGGAGGGCCGAGUGCUAUGUUUAAUCCUGACCCCAAGAAGCCGAUUGGUGGUAAUAUCAUCGCGCAUGCCAGUACAACGAGAUUGAGCUUGAAGAAGGGGAGAGGCGAGACCAGAGUUUGCAAGAUCUACGACAGCCCAUGCCUUCCGGAGAGUGACUGUCUCUUCGCCAUCAACGAGGAUGGAAUAGGGGACCCGAGCCCGAAGGAUUUAGAGAAUGAUUGA